GAUACGUGCAGCAGUUGCCGUGCACUAGCAACUCGUACGGGCAGCACAACAAUAAUUACGAUAAUAAUAAUAAUAAUAAUAUCAUACGGCGUGUUGCGCGAGCUGUGCCACUACACUUGGUGCGUCCGCGUCCGUUCGUCGUGUGGUGUCGCUGAGAAACGGACAUCGUAUCCGGCCGUUCCGAAUCCGACGUACAACCGUUUUCAUCUCAAUCGGCUUCGAACGGGACACGGACAUCGGGGGCUGAUUGAACACCGCUACGACCAUGGUGUCGAUGACGGCCGUGUCCUGCGGCAGUCCCUUCGCGCCGCUCGGAUGAUCCGUCAGGUUCGAGUCGCGUUCGGUCACCGUUGCACCCGUCUCCGCCGUAGCAGCUGAAACUCGCGCGGUACCGUCCGAUGGAUCCGUCGUCGUUGCUCCUCGGGCUGCUGGUCGUGUCGUGCCUGGGCCGACCGUCCGAGUCUUACGUCGAAAAAAUGUUAGAAAAUGACAGUGUUUGCUCAUUGAGUUCAAAACCUGGCAGUUUGGAACUAAUUGGUCGUGAAGAACAAUCGGCCAUGGUAAUCAGAGCAAGUCGAUAUUUUCAAAAUUGGACUGGUAAACAAGAAUUUAACUGUCAAUUUUCAGUAUCGUCCUCACUUAACUGGGGUAUUAUUGUUGUUAUACAACGUAUGUCUUUCAGGCGUAAUACUCAAGGCCAAUGUAUUGAUUUUGUUCAAUUUCGUCAAAUUGAAAAACCCUUGAGUUUUGGAACGCUUAAUUUCAAAUUCAAGCGUUCAGAUCCAUGGAGUGCCAAAAUGUGCGGUAAAGUCAAUGCAUUUGAAAUUGACGUUGAUAACGAAUUAAAUAACAAUAGUGGUAAAGAUGAAGAUACAGCUAUAAAUUCUUUUAUUGUUCAUAAAGGCUUGGUUGAAGUUAAAAUACAUAUCGCCAAUAAAUCCUUAGAGCUCAAUGAAGAAUUAAGUUUUGAAGUUGUGUUCACAGCUUUUCAAGAUUGCAAGUAUGACAAUGGUCUUUGGAAACAUUGUGGUGGAAGAACGUGUAUUUUUAAAGACUUCUUCCAGGAUGGGAAAUUCAACUGUCCAUUCAAAAACUGUAAAGACGAGGAUGGUUGUCAUCCAGGUGUUCCAGUAGUUAAUGGAAAUGGUUAUCAUUUUAACACUACAUUUGGUACCAAAAUCAUGGCUGGAACUGUUGCCGGACUUUUAACUAUGUUUGUAGCAUUCAUUGCACUCUUAUGGCUAUUAAGACACUGUGGUAGUGUGUUCUGUUGUAUUGGGCACCCAAACACUCAUCCUCAUUCUUCUGAAAUGCAACCUGUACCUAACUUGGACACAAUGGCCAUCGUGGCCACAGCUCCACCAGAUUCUAGCGGUACUGAGAUGCGAACAGUCGAUAAAGAUUUACCACCUUCAUAUGAGUCAUUGUUCCCAAGUAAAUAAUAACCGUACAAAAUUAUGUAAAAGUAUGCACUUUUAUUAUUAUUUAAUUGUCUCAUGUAGAUUUGUAAGUUAAUUUUUUU